AACAUUUUUUAAUUGAUAAUAUGAUAGAAGAUGAAGUAUCUCAAAAUAUGUCUAAUAAAAGUGCUCUUGAAGAAUAUAGAGAUAUUUCAUCAAAUAAUGUUAAUAAUAAGUUAGUUAAAAUUAAACUUGAAGAUUUUGAAGACUAA